AUGACUACUCCAAAGAUGACUCAGCAGCCAGUCUCAUCCUCCACCGUUGAGCCUCAGCAGAUGACUACUCCAAAGAUGAUCCAGCAGCCAGUUCCACCUUCCACUGUUGAGCCUCACAGGAUGACUACUCCAAAGAUGACCCAGCAGCCAGUCUCAUCCUCCACUGUUGAGCCUCACAGGAUGACUACUCCAAAGAUGAUCCAGCAGCCAUUCUCACCUUCCACUGUUGAGCCUCACUGGAUGACUACUCCAAAGGUGGCAGUUGUGUGUAUUAUGGCGGUGGUGAUGUACUAUGUUUUCUGCAGGAUGAGGACAGCUGGGUACAGAGAGCAGGAUUCCAGCCCCAAAAGCGGUAUAAGGCUGCAGCCUGUCGCCACUAGGUCCACAGAAAGGAGUACAAGGUCCCUUGCAGCAUCAACAAGCCCAGAGGGUGACCCUGCAAAAGAUGGGGAGAAGAAGACUCGCUCCUACACGCGGGGAACCCCUCAGACUGUAAUCAUAACGAAGCAGGAGGGUCAGAAGAUUGGGUUGUCCAUUGUAGGUGGCAGUGAUUCCCCAAGAGGUCCGGAAUUCUUUGUUAUGGCUCUAGAUCCUCACGGACUAGCUGCAGCCUCUGGGUACAUAAAGAAAAAUGACAAAAUCAUUAGUAUUAACAGAAAACUACUAUGUGGACUUACAUAAACAAGCCAUAGAUGCUUUCAACACCUUUAUUAGUGGAAGAAUGCUGAUUGAGAUUCAACAACAAACACAGGAAGAUGGACGACCACGACUCAAAUCCAGUGUAUGAA